UUUUUGUUUUCCCUCCGUUAUCCAUGAUCCAAUCCGCCGAGGUUGGUGGGUCUCUCAUACCUCACAAGCCAACACCAUUUCUGUCAGUCCCAAAUCCAAUUUCCCUCUCCCUUAUCCCCAAUUUCCAUACCACGCUACCCGAAUUGACUUCAAAAACCCAUACACAAAAUAUCUCAUCUACCUUCUGCAACCCAGAACCCCACUCUCUAUGUCUAUCCACACACCUUAAACCCUAGCCCUGUAUCUUCCAUUUCGUUUCUCAACCGCAAUCGCCAUGGAUGUUGCUCAUCUAUCCACCAAAUGCUUUUUAUCUCCCAUUCCUUCUUCUUCUCUCCCUGUUCUUUCCAGGAUUCCAAUCUCGCUCCGCAGGUCUAGGCGCGCAGCUUCGCUUCGACGUAUACGGCUCUGUUCCGCGUCCGGCUCCGACACCUUGGUGGCCGGAUCGCGGAAGGAAGAUGGGAGGGUUUCUGAAGCUGCGAGGAAAAAGGAAGACGAGUUUGGAGAUUUGAAAUCUUGGAUGCACGAAAAUGGGCUUCCUCCUUGCAAGGUUGUUCUCAAAGAAAGACCGUCUCACCACGAGCAACACAAGGCUAUACAUUAUAUAGCUGCGAGCGAAGAUCUCCAGGCGGGUGAUGUUGCUUUCUCUGUUCCGGAUUCCUUGGUUGUAACUCUGGAGAGAGUUUUGGGGAACGAGACCAUUGCGGAACUAUUAACCACAAACAAACUCUCGGAAUUGGCCUGCUUGGCAUUGUAUUUAAUGUAUGAGAAGAAGCAAGGAAAGAAGUCUUUUUGGUACCCAUAUAUUAGAGAGCUUGAUCGUCAACGAGGGAGGGGCCAGUUAGCUGUGGAAUCUCCCCUGCUAUGGUCAGAAAGUGAACUGGCUUAUCUUACAGGCAGCCCCACUAAGGCUGAAGUUCUUGAAAGGGCGGAAGGAAUUAAAAGGGAAUAUAAUGAGCUUGAUACUGUCUGGUUUAUGGCUGGAUCUCUGUUUCAGCAAUACCCAUAUGAUAUUCCUACUGAGGCCUUUCCAUUUGAGAUUUUCAAACAAGCUUUUGUUGCAAUUCAGUCUUGUGUGGUGCAUUUACAGAAAGUCAGUCUGGCUCGGAGGUUUGCCUUGGUCCCACUAGGACCUCCAUUGCUAGCUUAUAGAAGCAACUGCAAAGCGAUGUUAGCUGCUGUUGAUGGCUCUGUACAACUAGUGGUUGAUCGGCCCUAUAAAGCUGGGGAAUCUAUUGUUGUCUGGUGUGGUCCACAGCCUAACUCAAAAUUGCUUCUGAAUUAUGGUUUUGUUGAUGAAGACAAUUCCUAUGAUCGUAUAGUGGUUGAGGCAGCUCUUAACACUGAGGAUCCUCAAUAUCAGGACAAGAGAAUGGUUGCUCAAAGAAAUGGAAAACUAACAGUGCAAAAAUUUCAUGUUUCUGUAGGAAAAGAAAGAGAAGCUGUUUCAGACAUGCUCCCUUAUCUGCGAUUGGGCUAUGUUUCAGAUCCUUCUGAGAUGCAGUCUGUUAUCUCUUCUCAAGGUCCAAUAUGUCCUGUGAGUCCUUGUAUGGAACGUGCAGUAUUGGACCAACUUGUGGAUUAUUUUGAGAGACGGUUGGCUGGCUAUCCUACCACUAUGAGUGAAGACGAGUGUUUGUUGGCAGAUAGUAAUUUGAACCCAAAGAAGCUAGUUGCCACACAGCUUGUCAGGUUGGAAAAGAAAAUGCUAAAUGCAUGCUUGAAGGCUACAGUUGAUUUGAUAAACCAGUUGCCUGAUCACACUGUGUCUCCAUGCCCAGCUCCUUACACUCCUCUACUAAAAUGAAAGAAACAGCCAAUCUGUUUCCUGAUCUAGCAAACCACAGAACUUCUUGGCCAUACUGAUUUUUACAGCUCAACAGGGCAACAUAAACCAGGUACAUCCAAGAAGCUGGGUACAGUCUAGAGCAACCAAGAAAUAUGGAUAAAUAGCAGUUGCUCUCAUAGGCUUUCAACAAGGAUGAGUGUGCAUGAUGUAUGAAGCAAGGGUUUGGAAGCUAUAGAACUAAAUUUGAUGUCUGUUGCUUAUUCCUCACCCCACUGUUCCCUACCUUUUUGUCACAGGGUGUGGUUAUAUUUCAUUAAAUGCACUCGACAUGCAAGUCCGGCCAUUCAUGUCAUUUGGCCAUCCCUUGUAAAUGUGAAUUCAACUUUCUGUCACCUUAUGUUCCUUGUAACCAUACAAACUACAAAUUUUUUCAGAAGCAUUCUCUUUUAAUUUCAA